AGUCACUCCAAAAAAAAUUCAAAUUAAAUCUGUUGUCAUCCGUCUUUCACAUCUUAGACAUUUUAUUCUGAAAGGAUCGCAGCACUAAACCGGAUGUCCACUCUUUCUUGCUAACCGCAGACACAUGGGUCGGGAACAGACGUCUGAUCAGGAAGCAAAACAACUCGGCUGAACCCAGUCCAAUGGUUUUUACUCGGCCUUAACGGUGUUGACAUGUUGCCCGUGGUGGUGGUACAUGGAGGAGCGGGCCACAUCCCCAAAGAGCGGGCAGAGAACUCAACCUCAGGGGUGUGCUCAGCUGUGCGUUCGGCCUACCUUGUCCUGCAGGAAGGGGGCAGCAGUAUGGAUGCUGUGGUUGAGGCGGUGGUCCAGAUGGAGAACAGUCCUUACUUUAAUGCAGGUUGUGGCUCGGUGCUGAAUGUCAAGGGGGAGGUGGAGAUGGAUGCCAUUGUGAUGGAUGGGAAAACAUUAGGCAGCGGUGCAGUGUCCGCCGUGCGCAACAUCGCCAACCCCGUUCAGCUGGCACGGCUGGUCAUGGAAAAGACCAGUCAUGCGUGUCUGACAGCAGAAGGAGCCAGUAAAUUUGCUCGCUCUGUGGGAGUUCCCGAGGUGUCUCAGGAGUCCCUCAUCACCGAGUACUCCCGCAUGCGCUGGAAAAAGAACCUGGUUCCAGAUGCCAACCCUGUUGAGUGCCAAAUGGGGAAGAUGGGCACAGUCGGCGCUGUGGCAGUCAAUAAAGAAGGCAACGUUGCUUGUGCAACCUCCACUGGUGGAAUGUUGAACAAGAUGGAGGGUCGGGUGGGGGACACUCCGUGCAUAGGAAGUGGAGGUUACGCAGACAACCAGUCAGGAGCCGUGUCCACUACUGGUCAUGGAGAAACCAUCAUGAAGGUCACGCUGGCCAGACUCAUCUUGUUUCACAUGGAGCAAGGUCAAUCCGCUGAGGCUGCCAGUGAUUUGGGGCUGGCUUACAUGAAGUCCAGAGUGGGGGGGCUGGGUGGGGUUGUGACUGUGGACCCCCAGGGGAACUGGGCUGCCCGUUUCUCCAGCCGGCAGAUGUCCUGGGCCGCAGCUCAGAACGAUACUCUGCAUUACGGUCUGUACACCGGAGAACACUUCAGACGGAGCUUCAGUGAACAGCACUGACCCAACCGCUCUCAACAUCUUAACUAAAAACAGUAAAAUCAUUAGGAUUUUUAUGUGUGGAAAAUCAACAUCACCAACAAAGUUGGAAAAUUCUCAAACUGAUCAACAACAGUUGUGCUCUGAGACUGACAAUAAUAAACCUGAUGGUGUUCUUCUAAAUGUAUCAAGUGUUCGAAUCACCUCCAGCUGCUCCUCUGUUAAUAAGCUCAAACCUUAUAAUUUUUAACCACUUAGUAAAUUAAUUACUGUCAGUUUUAAAAACAUAUCAGUAUUUUUUAACAAAAAGAAUAAUCUGUUUUGUCUUUUACUUAUUAAAAACAGCAGUGGGUUACUUCAGCACUGUCAAUAUUUGAUGGAUCAUUUAAUGGAUUUAAGGUUCAGCUGCUGUUAGUUUAAAUUUGACCAGUGUAACCUCUGUUUAAUGGGCUUCUAGGUAUUGACCGACUCGGGUUUCAUUCUUUUUUAAGUUAUAACAUUUUGAAAAUGAACAUCUGCUGCUACAAAGCUGCUGAUUUUAGCUCUUUAUGGAAAAUUCUGAAACUGUUUCUCAGAAGAAACUAUUCUUAUAUUGGGGUUUGAGUUUUUCCAAAAGCAUGACUUAAAACAGACUGUGAAAAUCAUGACACUCCCUGGUAUUCUGUAUCCUACCACUAGAGGUUGCUGUUUCAUUGAAAGAAAACUGAUUAUAUUCAAAGGAAAACUUUUGAAGAAUUCCUGUAUUUACACUGUUUUGUGGUUUGUUUGUGACUUUAAAUAAAAGUAUUCUGAUUCAUC